CGAUCAUUUUGUAAUUCAUCAGGUGUGUCAGUUUUCGUAUAAAAUGUACACACGAUGUUUGCGUCCAAAUUAUCGGAUCCUUUUAUACCGUACGCCCGUGCGCAAUGCCCAACAGUCGGGUAAGCCUCCAGCACCACCUCCGGAUGCGAAAGCUAGUGCGACGGCACCACCGGCUGCAUCGGCAGCUAAGGCAAAGGCUGGUCCUACAAGCACGCGAAAAGAGAAGCUGCCGCCACCCGAGGGAAUUAUUACAAACACCAAAAAGGAGUUCGGACGCCUUCACGACUGUGAUCGUAUAUUUCAGAAUCUCUAUGGCCGACAUGAUUGGCGUCUAAAGGGUGCUUGCCAGCGUGGUGAUUGGUACCGUACCGCCGAUCUAAUUGAAAUGGGACCCGAUUGGAUCAUGACGCAAGUAAAGAAAAGUGGACUACGCGGACGUGGCGGUGCUGGCUUCUAUGUGGGUCACAAAUGGGAAUAUUUGCGCUCAACCGAGGCGAAGGGUAAAGUGCUCGUCAUGAAUUGUGCAGAGGGCGAGCCGGGCACGUGCAAGGAUCGGGAAAUCAUACGCCAUGAGCCGCACAAGUUGAUUGAGGGACUGGUUCUAGCCGGGUACACCAUGGGUUGUGAACGAGCCGUUAUCUAUGUGCGCAAUAAGUUCUACAAUGAGGCUUGUAACCUACAGUUUGCAAUUGCCGAGGCGUACAAGUACGGCCUCUUGGGCAGCAAUGCCUGCGACACGGGCUGGAAAUUCGACAUCAAUGUACAGCGCGGCGAUCGCUAUAUUUGUGGGGAGGAGACAGCGCUGAUCAACUGCUUGGAAGGAAAGAUGGGCAGGCCACGUCGCAGGCCACCCUACCUCUCAGAGAAGGGACUCUUUGGCCACCCUAGCUUGGUCAUCAAUGCAGAGUCGAUUGCCGUGCUGCCCACUUUAUUGCGACGAGGCCCCGGCUGGUUCGCCUGUCUCGGACGCAGCUAUAAUUCUGGCACCAAGCUCUUCAACAUCAGUGGCCACGUAAAUCAGCCAUGCACCGUUGAGGAGGAAAUGUCCAUUCCGUUGCGACAACUUAUCGAAUGUCAUGCGGGAGGCGUGCGUGGCGGUUGGGAUAAUUUAUUGGCUGUAUUUCCCGGCGGACUCUCAACUCCUCUUAUCAAUAAGCAGACAGCAGAUGAUGUUAGUAUGGAUUACGAUUGCCUAGAAUCUAAGGGCAGCAGUUUAGGAUCCGGUGCCGUCAUUGUGAUGAACAAACAAUGCGAUCCGCUGAUGACCAUGCUACGCGCCAUUACCUUUUAUAAACAGCAUACCUGCAAGCAGUGUACUCCAUGCCGCGAAGGCAGCAUUUGGCUUCCAGAGAUAUUCAAACGAUUUAACACGGGCGAGGCACAGCCAGAGGAGGUUGACUGGCUGCCAACCAUUCUGAAAACUAUGGAGGGCACGACCAUUUGCGCCCUCUCGGAUAGUCAAGUGAAUGUGACCAGAAGCAUGAUAACAAAUUUUAGAGAGGUCAUCAUGAAGCGCAUUGAGACAUACUGCAAGGGCGGAGAAUGAUUCCCAAAUAUUCACUAUUUACACAGACGCAGAGCGGCACAUUUGAAAGCACACCCACUAACACACUUAUACUCUCACCUUCUCCAUGAUGUAUGUACACAUAUACAUAUGUGUGCGUCCGUCAGGUCACGUUCCAAGUGUUUGUUCAAUAAAUUUGAUCUGAAUUGCUUAUUGA